CUCCCAUCCAGGCACCACCCUAAUUGAGUUCCUGACCACCACCACCCCAUCUUCCCACCUCCACCAUCCGCACCCCUCCUAGCAGCCAUGGCCGAUUCUCUUACUGAGGAGCAAGUCUCCGAGUUUAAGGAGGCAUUCUCCCUCUUCGACAAGGAUGGUGAUGGUCAAAUCACCACCAAGGAGCUCGGCACCGUCAUGCGCUCGCUCGGCCAGAACCCCAGCGAGUCUGAGCUUCAGGACAUGAUCAACGAGGUUGAUGCCGACAACAAUGGCACCAUUGACUUCCCAGAAUUCCUCACCAUGAUGGCCCGCAAGAUGAAGGACACCGACUCCGAGGAGGAGAUCCGGGAAGCCUUCAAGGUCUUUGACCGCGAUAACAACGGCUUCAUCUCAGCUGCUGAACUGCGCCACGUCAUGACCUCCAUUGGCGAGAAGUUGACCGAUGACGAGGUUGACGAGAUGAUCCGGGAGGCUGAUCAGGACGGUGACGGCCGUAUCGACUACAACGAGUUCGUCCAGCUGAUGAUGCAGAAAUAAGCAUUUGAAAUAGCGGUGUUUGAACGAAUACAUGCAUCAUGACAGUGACACGGCCGAGGGUUGACAGCGAUGAGCCAAGGGUCAAAUUGGGCUUUUUCGUGUCUUUGUACGGUGGAUCCAGUUAUUAGCAAGGCGAGCUGGUUUGGUUGUGUUGCCAGCAUCUCUGAGAGACGGCU